AGGACAAGCUCAGUCCCGAAAAGGAAACGGACAUUCCUCAAACUGGACACCGUGUAUAUGAACAUAUUACAGAGGUUUGGACGUGUGAGUGAGGAUGAAGGCCCGGGAAUGGCUCCUGCUUACCUGCUACCUGUUCAGUCUGUGUGUAAUUGGAGAGACCUCAGAGGCAGAGAAUAAGCUAUUGAAGGAUCUUUUUUCCUCUUACAAUGUCAAAGUGCGGCCGGCAAAAACACCAGAGAGCAAAGUGGUUGUGAGAAUUGGCAUGAUCCUGGCAUCCUUCGUCAGUCUGAACAUGAAAGAUGAAGAGAUGAACACCAUCGUCAUCAUGAACCUGGAGUGGAACGAUCACCGUUUGGCCUGGAAUCCCAAAAACUAUUCUGGGAUUGAUGUAAUGCGAAUUCGGUCAGCAAAAGUGUGGCUCCCAGACAUCGUUCUUAUUAACAAUAAUGAUGGUGUGUUCGAAGUGGCUCUACGUGUUCAUGUUCAGGUGUACAGCAAUGGCAGAGUGAAAUGGAACCCUCCUGCCCUUUACCGCAGCUCUUGUGGUGUAAAAGUGACAUACUUUCCAUUUGACUGGCAGAACUGCACCAUGGUGUUCAAGUCAUUCACUUAUGACUCCUCUGAAAUGGACCUUCAGCAUGCCCUUGACGAGAGAGGAAAUGAGAUACGAGAGAUCAUCUAUGACACUGGUUUCAGUGAGAGUGGUGAAUGGUACAUCCGUCACAAGCCUUCCAGGAAGAAUGUAAAGAAAGAGGACCUGUAUGAAGACAUCACCUUCUAUCUGAUCAUUGAGCGUAAACCCAUGUACUACGUAUUCAACAUCAUUCUGCCUUGCAUCCUCAUCACAAUCAUCGCCAUCUUCAACUUCUAUCUGCCACCUGAUGCUGGAGAGAAAAUGGGUUUGUCCAUCAAUGUGCUGCUGACCCUUACUGUCUUUCUGCUUCUGCUGGCUGAUAAAGUCCCUGAGACAUCUCUGGGUGUCCCCAUCAUCGUCAACUACCUAAUGUUAACUAUGAGCCUGGUGACAUGUUCAGUUAUUCUGAGUGUGGUGGUGUUAAAUCUGCACCACCGCUCACCAAGUACCCACCAUAUGCCCCUGUUGGUGCGCAAGAUUUUCAUCCACAUGCUUCCCCCAUAUCUGGGUCUCCUAAGACCAAAAGUGGAAACACCGCUGUCUUUCGAGCGUCCACACAAGAAGGAGAACCACAAAACCAUCAGCCGGGCAGCAGACGAAUACUUCAUCCGAAAGCCCAACACCUGUGUGCUCUUUCCCAAACCCAACAGGUACCAGCCAGACGGCCUGUGCACUGACCUGCGGAAGUUCAUCGAUGGACCCAGUCACCAUCUAACUCUGCCCCCUGAGCUGAAAUCGGCUGUGGAGGCUAUCUGUUACAUUGCUGAGCAGCUACAAGCUGAAAAAGACUACGAAGCUUUAAAGGAAGACUGGCAGUAUGUGGCCAUGGUGGUUGAUAGACUCUUCCUCUGGAUUUUUGUCAUCUUCACCACCGUUGGAACACUGGCCAUUUUUAUUGAUGCUAGUUUCAAUGCUACUCCCACUGACCCCUUCGUGAGUCCUUGAUCCUAGCAGUCAUCGCUCAGACCUUUUGAACUCCACAGCACUCGGCAGUAUGUUGCUUACAUACUGCUAGCUAUUGACGUUUCUUCACUUGGCAGAUGCUUUUAUAGUAUGCAAAGUGGUCUGCAAAGGAGGCAGUGUACAGUCUACAAAUCUGGAUGUUAAAGAAGCUGACAAGUAAGCAACACAGGUUUUAGACACACUUCAGUGCUUUUGUGUUAUUUACUAGUAAUGUGUAUUGGAUUAUUGUUUCAGUUAUGAGAAAUUGUUUCUGUAGAAAUGUAUAUUUUUUGAGAAAUGUAUGAGA